AUGCCUCAAAUCCAACUUGAUCCGUUUCACGUGAUGAUAGUUUCCAAAUAUUUUGUAUCGAUAUUCGACUACUUCUCUCUUCAACAAGUUUGUAAAAAGUAUUCCACUUUACUAUUUAAAUUCCACUAUAACCCAAUUCCUCUGACUUCAACAACACGAAAAUUCUUUCCAAAUUUAGAAACAUUUCAUGUGUAUUCUCCAAAAGAUUUUACAUUCCCAGAUGAGACCUUUUACAGAAGAAUUAUUUGGUAUCCCACUGCAUACUUAAAUAUAUCAAACUUGACUACUUUUGAAUAUAAAAACAUUACAAUUUCAUAUAAAGAUUUAUUCAAUCAACCAUUUUCAUUAUAUAAAAUUGAUUCAAUUGGCAUUGGCGACAAGUCGGCCAAUCCAACCAAAUUUUGUUUUCACAGUAAUUUAGUCACAAUCCACAGUUCAGUGUUCAGUAAUUGCAUUGCACUCACAUCCGUGUCAUUUCCCCAAACACUCAAGUUUAUCGAUUCAAAUGCAUUUGAAAACUGCAAACUAAAAGAAAUUGUCUUUCCAAAAUCACUGAGUUUUUUAGGUGCAAAUGCUUUCAAAAAUUCCAAAGAAUUAACACGUGUCGUUUUUGAAACUUAUAAUAUUACUAUAAGUAAUUAUUGUUUCUUCGGUUGUCAAAACCUCAAAGUUGUCACUUAUGAAGGCGGCACAAUCACACCUCAAAUGUUUGGAUUACCAUUUUCUGAGAUACCAAAAGGGUUUGUCGGGUAUCGCAUUUUUAGUCAAUGUAACAAUUUGAGUGAAGUGACAUUACCCGACUUCAUUACUUCUAUUAAUGACUGCGCGUUUGAUAAUUGCUCGAAUUUAAAAUCAAUUUGCCUUCCAGAGUGUCUUAAAGUAAUUUCAAAUAACGCAUUUAGUAAUUGCAAAAACCUUCAAAUAAUUAAAACAACAAAAAAUAGCUCAAUAGAUGACGUUGUGUUAUUUCCAAGUCAUUUAAAUGUUAUAAACACCUCGGCCUUUUAUAACUGCAAUUUUAGAAAAAUGGAGUUUGGAAAUAAAAUCAAAGUUAUUGGCGAAGAUGCAUUUUCUUUAAAUACAAAUUUAGAAGAACUUGUUUUUAAUAUAAAAAGGGAAGGUGCAAAUAAAUAA